AUGAGGCACAAAUCCGUCGUGGAAGGGUGGUUCAACCGUUCUGGCGCAACACACACCUUCACCGGUCCUGACCUUGCUGCGUCGUACGACUUGGUUUCAAACCAACGCGGUCCAGUUUCACGACGUAAGCUUGUGGCGUUGCUUGCCUGUCAUUAUCUUCAUGCUAAUGGUACCAAUAUCGUGGUCUUUUUUUCUGCUUGUUCAACGCAGCACGAUUGGGGAGUUUACGCUGCCCGUGAUUUAGGUUCAAUAGCCCCGCGAUGUCGUGAUGGAUAG